AUGACUCGAUUAUCACUUCCAAAUGUCCUAUCUUCAUUGAAAGAACUCUUGGUGGUCUGGAUCUACCAAAUCCUCUUUUAUAAUAACAUCUACCCCCUGGAAGUAUUCACCAAAGCUCUUUCAUUUGAUUUGAUUGUUUAUAUCUCCAGAAAUCCAUCCCUUACUGAAUACAUAGAAACUUUAGUUGUAGAUUUUUUAGAUACCUUAACCACAGAGGGUCCAGUAGCCAGUAUCGAAGAUGGGCAUGUCAAGCAGUUGAGUGUCUUGUUGUAUGAUGUACAUACGAAUAAAGAUCAGGAACGUUACAUCUUAAAGUUUGAACUGUUUAUAAAUUUAAAGGAUGAAAUCAAAACUCCCAUUAGAACUUUACUAAAAGAUUUGGAGUCAACUUCCCAUCCAAUAAUAAAUCUACCUGGAUUCUCAUGGGAAGAAAUAUAUUCACAAUUCAAAUCUUUUCUAUUCCAUCAACAAUUGGAAUUACAACGCAAAUCCUCGAAACAAGAACGUCAAUCAUUACCACAAGAUCUAUUCUUCAAGGUUAUGAUUGAUGUUGCUAAUGAUGGAUUAUCCCUAAGUACGUCUAAGGAAUGGGUACGAGCGCAACCUGUCUCUUCUACAAAUGUACCGAAAACAAAAUUUGUUCCUAUUGCUGAAGUUGAAGUUGGAUUUCUUUGCUUUGGACUACAAAAUGAAUACGUUAGAGAACGACAAUAA